UUUCUUGAGUCUUGAGGCCUACUUAGCCUACUUCAUUCUCAUUAUGACAUGAGAAAAAAACAACUUCAUUUAUCUUUACUUAAAAUGAUUGGAUCGUAGGCUAGUCGUAGGGCUAAGUCAGUAAGUCAGUAAGGAGUAAGUGAAAGUGGUUUUCAUAAUUAAGUGAGUAUAAUAAUAAAUUUGAAAAAUUAAAUCGUAUGAUAUACACCUACUUGAUUAAAUAACAUUUAAAUUGAACAUUUUAUUUGAUGUCUUUUAUUUGUUAUAAUGAAGUGCUACUUUUAUCAAAUAGUAAUAUUAAUUAAAUAAAAUCUUGCAAUCACUUCGUGAUCACCUCGAAAAAUCAUCAUAAGAAAUCGGUAUUUACCAAAUAAGGGACACCAUUUCUGUAGGCCUAGAGCGAAAACAAAGAGGUUGAAAACAGCUGAUAGCGUUUAAGUUUGAUUGUGUGAAGAUUUCACUGCUUGGGCCCAGUGAUUUCUAUUUUAAUUGUUUUAAUUCCAAAUCAAAUCUUUUGUAAGUUUAAUUGAUUAUGGUUACGUAAUAAUUUGGCUAAUAAAAAUAGCUAGCUUAAGUUAAUGAGAAGGACUGAGUAAUUACAGUUACAUGAUUACAAGUUUACUAAUUACUACUUUACGAUCAUUGUGAUUGUCAACACCGACUCACAGUCACACUGUCGUUACUAAAGUUACCGAUUAUUACUGAUUACACAUGCCACUAGUGGUAGCCAUUUCUAAAUUUUAGACUAAAGUAGUGAUCAUUAUAUUGAAUAAUUUCAAUAAUAUCACAAGGCCGAGGCACAAGGCGAUUCAACAUUGGAUUAAAAAUCAGUACAUCUAUAAUAAAGUUUCAUUCAUUGGUACAUUGUAUAAAUUAUAAAUAAAAAUAUUAAUAUUAUCAUGACUAUGACAUUAGGUCUAAGCUAAACUCUAAUCUCUAAUAAUUUUUCAAUAAUUCUUCAACUUUAAAGUUUGCUAGACUAGGAGUACUAGAGGGCCAUCCAUAAAAAAAUGACAAUGCCAUGAAAGAGGCAGAGCUGUUUAUAAUUUAUAGUUCUGUGUCUCUUAGUCUUAAAGGCCCCCUGUUACUUUUCAGCUUUGUGCCCCUUACAAUCAAAGUUGAUAGUUUGAAUAUUUUUCCACAUCACAACUUUGGGCCCCUAAAAUACAGAGCGCAUCUGAAGCCUCACGCAAUGGCUCCGACGAUGUUAUGCAAUUUUCACAUAUUUUUUACACGCCCCAUCUUCUAUCAUCAAAAAUGGUCUUUAAAAUUUUUUUUAGCCCCCCUCCAAAUAUAACAUCACAAAACUAUGCUCCCCAACCCAAUAAAAAUAAAUUAAAAAUUGUUUUGGUUCACCAAACAAUUUAAAAUCACUUUUAACAAAAAAAUUUCAUUGUGAUUGUAUAUCAUCCUAUGAAUUAAAUGUUGCUCUGUAAUGGGACCAGGGUUUCUUUCAGCUAUAUCUCCAGGGAAAGCCAAGUGCCCCCCCCCCCCAGCAAAAAAUAUGUCCAACAAUGAAUCAACUGGAACUGCUGCCCCCCCCCUCAUGAAUCUUUGUUUGUGUGUGUGUUAAAUUUUGGAUAAAUGGGAAAGGGGGGGGGGGGGGGUGCUAAAAAUUUGUUGAAAUUCCAUGACAUAAUUUAUGGAUGGCACAAAUCUGAUAACUGGUUCUAUUUCAAUUUUGUUAGCUUAAUUAUAUUUGCUUCUCCAAUGGCCCUUCCCCAUCAUCACAAAGGCCUUAAAAAGUUAGCCCACCCUCUUCCAAAUAUUAUGUCACUAACCUCUGCCCCCAUCCCUCUUUUACCCCAUAAAUCAAUUACAUUUUUUUUUUACCUCAAAUAUUUCAAAAUUACUUUUUGUUGUUGUCAUUAUGAUUGUAAUAUCAUACUAAGUAUUUAUUUAAUGUUUCUCAAAAUAGUGUAACAUCAUUUGUGCCCCAAUCUGAUUUCAGUUUUGUAAAAUAUAAUUAUGUUAGCUGCUCCCAUUGUCUUCUAAUCCACAAAAAUUUCCGUGACCUUAUAUUAUCACAACUGUCAGUAUCACUUCAACUUUUGUCUUCCUUGCCGUCCUAAAACAUGAUUGGGUUGUCAGUGCCCAUUUUCCUCACAUAUGAGUCUACCAGUUAUCCAUAAUUCUGAUUUGCUCAGUAAUAAUGAUCGUAGUUUAAAAAUUAAAGCAUUUAAUCAAACAUAACAAAUUAAAAUUAGUGCAUAAAUUAUGGUAAAAAUUAGACACCCCCCACCUUCACCCAGAUGCAUGACAUCACUUAUGGAUGGCCCUUUGGUAAUCAAAUAAGCUAUCUAAUAAAGUUUCCUCAAUCGUAAAAGUAGGAGUCAAGACUGACAGAAACUAGCUUUUUAAAUUUUAUUUCACUUUCAAUUAAAAUACUUUAAACCUAAAAAAGAGAGCUAAUAAUAUUAUUUUUCCCUUAAAUUUAUGAUUAAUUAAAGAACUUAAAUACUAUUACUAGUAACUAACUAGGCCUACCAUUACAAACUUUAAUAAUCAAGCAUUAACAAUGAUUAAAUAGAGACUUAGUUCCUAAUAUUCAUGUCACAAAUACUAAAUAACAUCGGCUAUAUUUAUAAUUCAGCUACUACUAUACUCGGUCUACACUGUAGAGCGCAGUUAUAUAACUACAAAACUGACUGAAUUGAAAUCGUUAUUAAUUUGCCAUAAAGUGAAGUAAACUGAUCAAAAUUGGUACAAGAAUGUCAAAGAAUGGCAAAAUCAGAAAAGCAAGUCAUGCAGGGAGCUGGUAUACGGAUUCAGGUAGGGCCUAUAUUUUUGAUUUUAUGACUUAAUUCGUUAUUUAAGGUAAUUGCAUUGCCAUCCCCCUAAUUCAAUAAAUUACUAAUUAAUUAUUCAAGUAUAUUGGGUAUUAGUAGUAUUAUGCUCUAUGAUUUUUACACCCCUGUGUAGUCCUAUAAUUUAGUAGUUGCAUAUUGUAUGCUGGAGGAACCUAUAACUAUAACUUAGUUUUGAAUAGUAUUGAAAUUUAAAAAAAAUUAAGUUUAUUUAAAUUUCUGUACUAACUUAAUACUUUUAAAAAUUAAUUUCAGGUUCUGAACUAAAUGCGCAAUUGGAAAAUUGGCUCUCAAAAGCACCAGAGUCACUGAAACCAGCUAAAGCCAUAAUUGCACCGUAAAUAUUUAACAGGAUAUUAAAGAUGGUCAAUCUAUAUCAACUCAUUUAUUUUUCAAAGUCCGUUGGAGUGUGGGUGGUUAUGGUCAAUUGUGUUCAUUUCAACCAAAUAACUGGAUUUCUUGGUAAUAUCUAAGGGUGAUGAAACUUCACAGGUGUCCCUGAUUUUCUUCAAGUAUUGAGUGCUAUGGAAAACUAAUUUGUUUUUGACAUCUCUGCUUUUCACCGCUUCUUCAGCUUCAUUUCAAGGCCCGUGAUAUUUUAUUGAUCCAUUUGAAAUGUCUCCUUCUAAGUCUUCUUCUGGGUAAUAAGGGGAGAGACUGCAAUCUGGUUAACACAAUAUAAAAUGAGUAAAACAAAGUUAGUAGGGUUAAACCUGAAAAAAGGAUUGCAACAAAACAACAUAUUAUUUAUAUUGUGCUAACCUGAUUGCAGCCUCUCCUCUUACCAUUGUUUUGUUGCGUUCCUUUUUUCAGGUUUAACCCUACUUUGUUUUACUCAUUUUAUAUUAAGUCUUCUUCUGUUGCCUUUUUGGCUUUUUAUUCUUCUAGGGUAGCAUCCAGUUCAUGAUAGAUUUAACUACGUGCUAGGGUGGCAGUUGUAGGAUUCGAUGUGCACUGCAAAGGACAUAACAACAUACGAAUAAAGCCAUUUUAACUCCAGGAGAGGAUCUUUUUAUAUCUGAAAUUGAAAUGAUUCAUGUUUUACAUUAAGAUUCUGUCUUUAGAUUUUCUAUUUGUUUCCAAUCAAAAUGGGCUGGCAGUUUCUCUUCUUUUAGCUUUUUUAUUGAGCUGGACCAGAUAAUAUUUUGGACAUUUAUGAAGCUAGUAUUUAACUUAAAGUUUUCAAAUACUGACAGUCAAAUAUCAUACAAAUUAUCUAGAUCUUCUAAAUGUCCUUAAUAAAAAAAGACUAACAUAAUCUUUUUUUUAAAUAUUAUUUUUUUGUUAGAUAGCACGGCAGUUCCAUUUCUAAAAUUUACUCAGCAUCAGAUCUAGAUGUCCUAAGCAUCUCAUACACAUCUUAUUUUUCAGUCAUGCUGGCUAUUUCUUCUGUGGGGCUUGUGGUGCAUUUGCAUAUAGGCAAGUUGAUCCCAAUACAGUGUAAGUCACUAAUACAUGAAUAUUUUAAUUAUUCUAGUCAAGUUGUAUGGCACAAUUUUUUUCUUUACUUUUAAAAAUGUUUUAUUUAGCAAUGCUUCCUAGAAUAUUAUACAGUUUAAUUUAUGUUUAAUUUUAUCUUGUACUUGUGAUGUCAAAAUGAAGACUAAAAUGUUUCAAGUACUAAAACACUUGGAUUAGUUUUUCUAAUGAGAAGAAAAGCUUACCAUAAUGAAACCAUAGUUUUUAAUUUCUUUUUUAUAAUUCAAAACAAAAUGACAGAAAUGUUUAAAUGCUAUAGUGUUAUUGAAAAAUGAGACUUGUUCUACAGUAUUAUUAAAAAAUGAGACUUGUUCGACAGUAUUAUUAAAGAAUGAGACUUUUUAAUGCCUUGUAAAAAUUACCAACUUUGCUUCCACCAAUGAAAUUAAAUAAUAAUGAGAAUUAAGUUAUUGUAGUCAUACUAUUUAAUAAUUGAAAUAGGCUAAUCCACACUUAAUACUUUACUUUACCUGCCCCCCCCCCCCAACCACCCUUCAUCAAAAAAAAAAAAAAAAAAUUUUCAAUAAUAAAAAAAAAAAGCUUACACUCCUCUUAUAAAGUCACACAUUGCAAGGCUAGAGUUAUAUGCAAAGAGUAGGCUAGUGACUAGCCUUCUUCAGCAAUAAAUUAAGCAACAGAUGUUUUAAAUUUUAAUUUCCUACCUAUGUUUUUUAAAUAGUUCUUAUUUAAAUUGGUCUAGUCCUUUUAUUGAACAUGACUGUCCAAUAUUUAUUGCACACCUGACUUCAGGUACGCUUAAUACUUUAAUGAUAUGACUCAUGACCUAAGUGACCUAAAUGCAUCUAUCAGAACUAAAAUCCUCUGUAAGUCAAUACUUAUCUGUAUUGAUACCGGGUAAUGUAAAAUUUCAUUAUUUUAAAAAUAUUAACUUUUUUGGUUGAUGAUAUUCUUAAAAAAUCUACAUGGCAGUUUUAUUGCUCAACAGCAUUGCUUUUACUUAUUGAGACUCAUUUCAGAGAACCUUAAUGAAGUUGUUGACAAAAUGGUUGAUACUUCUACAACAAUAAUAAACAUACUUUAAUCAAAGCUGUUUUAUGUCCAGGAAACGUGUGUUUAUUUUGGGGCCUUCCCACCAUGUGCGAAUGUCUAACUGUGCACUUUCUGGAACAGAUAUUUAUGAAACUCCACUUUACAAUUUAACUAUCGAUAAAUCAGGUAAUCAUAUAUUGCUCAACUGUGGACUAUUCUGUUACAUUUUCACUUUUGUACUUAAUAAUAUAUGAACUGUUUCCUUGAGAAAAUGAGGCCUUUUGUUAAAAGUGUAAGCAAUUAUCAAAUAAGCUACCUAAUAAAAAUUUCCUCCUUGAAUAUUCUUUAACAUUUAAAAUAAAAUAACUUGGAAUUUGUUAAGCUAUCAUAUAUUAGAAAAUUUAUUUCAAUUUGUCACAUCUUUCUUUAGUUAAUUCAGUGAAAGAAGAAAAUUGUAUUUAAAUUUAAAUCUUGAGUAUAAAUAAGGUAUAUUCUUUAAUAUUCUUUAACAUUUAAAAUAAAAUAACUUGGAAUUUGUUAAGCUAUCAUAUAUUAGAAAAUUUAUUUCAAUUUGUCACAUCUUUCUUUAGUUAAUUCAGUGAAAGAAGAAAAUUGUAUUUAAAUUUAAAUCUUGAGUAUAAAUAAGGUAUAUUCUUUGCUGCAUUUCAGUCUAUGAAGAGCUGUAUGCUACCUCUGCAUUUGAAACUAUGUCAUUAAACACAGAUGAAGCAGAGCAUAGUAUAGAAAUGCAUCUUCCAUAUAUUGCCAAAGUUAUGGAAAGGUUUGUUUAAAGCAAUAUUAUCCUUUCCAUUUCUUUAAUAUAUCACUAAAUGUUGACUGAUAUCAUAUAUAUAGUAUAUAUAUAAAAAAAAAAAAUUCAGGCAGUUGAGUAGAGUUUGAGACACAUUGGAGUUUUAUCUCUCUAGAGAUUGGUUUUACAAUUCAAAUCUCUUUUUUUAUGUAUUAAAAUCCCCCACAUUUAGAAUGUGGGUUUUGGGUUAAUUAAAUUUGCCUGUACUGAUGUAUAAUUUUUGAGACUGUGAAGUAUAUGUUUAUUUUAUUACAAAGAAAAUCCAAAUUUGUCAGCUAACACAAAUGACAUAAGAUUUAAGCCUACAUAUAUAAGACCAAAAUAGUGCUGUCCAACCUUUUUGACUAUGUGGGCAAAAAAAUCUUUUUUUUUUUGCAAACCCCAGGGCCACUAAUGACAUCUCAAAAGAAAGUUGUUUUUUUUCCUUCUUUUUUUUACUUUGUAGAAAAUUAUUCAUAUUAUUACUUCUUACAUUGUGAAUAAAGAGCCAUUUAUCCAAAGCAUUAUUGGCUCAUCAAGAAUAUUAAUAAAGCGAAUUAAAAAUGUGUCCCCUUUUAGUGAUAUAAUUUGCUUGAAUUGUACUUGUAAUUUUCUUAAUUUGAGGUGGUUACCAAGAAACACCUGCACUCAUUAGAUUUUCUAAAUUAUCACCAGCCUAAUCAUUAAAUGUUUUAGAGUUGAUGUAGGUCUUUACAGAGAAACCACCUCCACUAUGUAUGGGUGCUUCCAAAAACAGGUCAAAAUUUUGUUUCAACGUUUCCAUAGUUGUGGAAAUUCAUCAGAAGAAACAUGAUGUCAUCCAGAAUAUAUUGGGCCACACAUUCUUAUGUUUGCUUAUAAAACAAAACAUGUUCAAGAAUCGUUCUCAUUGUCUCUCACAAUUCCUCCCUGACUGAAUUGCACUAACUACAAACAACGACAACUUGUACCAUGCUUUCUACUCAUUGAAUGUCUCAUACUCCAAUCUCUAAAUACCAGGCACUUUUCCCCAACUUCACAAUUCAGGAUGGACACACACAUGGACACACACUGUCCCAUACCUGGCUACGUUACCUGUUUAAAUAAAUGGUUGACACUGCCUGCCAUAGUCAUUCAAUUGUGACACCUCUAGAACCCUAACUCCCAUUGUGAUAACUCUGGCCCGCAAACUUUUCCGUCAUAUUAUUAUUAUCCCUCAAAGCGCAGUAAUUAAGUCGCAGUGCUCACCUAUCUAUAUUUUCUAACUCUGUCCCAUUGGUGAGGACAUGGAAAUUUUUACAAUGACCAAAUAGCUACACAUCAACUUACUUUUGGUUUCCCUACUCAUCUUUCUCAACACCUUCAGUAAUUAUACCCUACACCCCAUGACGCAUCCCCUGUACAAGUAACCAAAAGAAGGAGAAGACAGUAUUCAAUUUUAAUUUUAUGUCACCCAAAUUCCCAAAUGGUUGCUCUGCAGAUGUGCAUAAAAUAAAUCACUGCUUUCUGUCAAGCCAUCCUACUCUCUUUAGCUUUUGAGACCUUCCUCUUUUCCUCGUUAAAACUUCUCCUGUGCUUUCACUUGAUUUCCCAACAAAACGGAAUCAAUGAAUGUGGUUUGAAAAUAUUUUCACCCUGAAAUUUUUUAUUUACAUCACGAAAAUGUCUCAAGCCUGGGUGGACAUUUAAAUUCAGCUCAAGAGUUGGUCAGCACUGGACUACAACAUAAGAUUUUCAGCAUAAAAUUAUUUAUUAUGAUUCGUGAGCAGCUGACACGUGCACACAUAUCAGUACAUAUUAAAACAUAGAGCAUUCGGAAGGCUAUAAACUCUUUCCAUACUUAUCUACAAAUGAAAAAGGAACAUGGCAAACUUCGGUACUUGGGAAUAUACUUUUGCAUUUGAGACCAUAUUGUUGGCCACUCAGCUGGAAGUGUUUUGUUUGUGCAGUGGUUUAAUGGAAAGAGUUUGCCAUACCAGUUGUUGAACUUUAAUGAUUUCUUAAGAGGCUUGUGAUGCCAAUCAUUUUGCAGGGUAGGGAGUAGGGCUUGGCUGGCAUCAUGAUUGAGACCCACUAGUUUCAAUGAGCCAUCAUAAUAAAAAAAUCUCACUGUAAAGUUUAAAAGAAAAAAAGAUAAAACACAAAGUUUUAUAUACAUUUUUCAACUCUUCAGCGAUCGGACAUGAAAGUGAAAAUAUUCGGGUUCAAAAAGUUUCAUUGCUGACCAUUUUUCUGAUGUUUCAGUCGCCGAGGUCAAUUCACCAUUGUGCCAAUUCUUGUUGGAUCUCUUUCACCUGACAAGGAAAUGAAAUAUGGCCAGAUUCUAAGCCAUUAUCUCAGAGAACCAGGAAAUCUUUUUGUCAUUUCUUCAGACUUUUGUCACUGGGGUAAAAAUUUUAGUCAGAAUUUAUUUUAUGUAUAAUUUAAUGACAACAGUUCAAUGUUUAACUGCCCAUGUUUUUUUAAAUAUUGAAAAUAAGUUGAAAACAGUAAAAUUUGUGACUGCUGCGGCUUCAAAGCCCCCCAAAAAUAAACCAAAUAUGACACCAGCCCUCACCACACCUGUGGGAUAUACAUGCAGCCUCACUACCUUAUGUAGUGGGCUUCUGAGGGAUGUAUAUAACAAUAGAAGCAAAAAAUCAGAAUUGACAAUAGCUUAAUCAAAAUACUUUGCCAAACAGUUUUUUGCAAAAUACAUUACAAAAAUUAUGUAAAUAAAUAGGUGAAAAUUCACAGCUUCUGUUAGCCAGAACGUAAAUUUAAAAAAAAAUUAUUGAAAAUGUGGUAAAUGAUUCUAGCUACAAAUUAUGUACCGUAUUGUCUGACUCUAAAAUUAUCAUAAAAGAACUUUUGAAAUGAAAUACUUGCAGGUAAACGUUUCAGCUACACAUAUUAUGAAAAGUCUCAUGGUAAAAUCUGGCAAUCCAUUGAAGCUCUUGACAAAAUGGUCAGUGUUUUUUUUUCUAGAUUCAUUUGUCUUAAACAUAUUAAAUGUUUAAAUAACUAAAAUAAUUGUUUUGUUCUUAUACAGGAGGUUAAAAUCAUUAAAAAUAUUCCAUUACAUUGGUAUACUUCAGCUAGUCUAUAUUAUUAUUUCUUUAUUUUUCACAGGGCAUGGAUAUUAUUGAAAAAAUGGAUUCUCCAAGUUUCACAAAGUACCUUCAAACAUUCCAAAAUACUAUAUGCGGUCGCCAUCCCAUUGGUGUUCUGCUUAAUGUAAGACAAAUAAAAGUUUAAGUCUUGCAAAGAUAUCUUUAUCCCAAAUUUAAAAGUAAACUUUGCUAGUUAAAAAAAAAUAUAGGACUUAAAAAUUUUUUUUUUUUCAAAUUAGAUCAAUUUGUCUGUUGAGCCAGCUGUAGUAUUUAUUAGGGGUAAAGAAACUAUUAUUUAUUUUAUUUUCUAUCUAUUUACAUGCUAUAUUUCAAUUCCUAAAUGGUUUGUAGGCAAUGGAAAGUAUCCGCAACACAGGCUCUGGCAAUGGGCUGAAAAUGGAGCUGAAGUUCCUCAAGUAUGCCCAGUCCAGCCAGUGUGAGACUGCUAAUGAUUCUUCGGUCAGCUAUGCUUCUGCGGCUCUAGUGUUGCAGUGAUCUGAAAGUGUGAUGAUGUUCUCUAAACUAGAGAACUUAUUUUAUAGAAUGCAUGGAAGCAUUUAUGGCUAUGUGUUUAAUUAUAGCAUUUAUACAAAUGUUUUAUAAUCUAUAUUGGUUAUAUUUGAUGUUCGAAUUGAUAAGAGACGUUGAUGUUUGGAAAUAACAGUGUUUGAAUACCUCAGUUUUUUUUUUUCAAUACUUGAAAAUGUUAAGAAAUAAAAAUAAUUCAGAUCAGGAAGACCAAGAUUGAUGUCAGCAAAAUUUGAAGAGUCAGUGUUAUCAAUUUUCUUUUUUCAAAGUACCGGUAAUAAUGAUACAAAAUUUUGAUGGAGAUUUUUUGAGUGUGUGUGUUUAUAACAUAUUUUUAAUGCCAUUCUCCACGUCUUACAUUUACAGUCAAUAAAUUAUUUUAAGAAGAUAUAUUACUGCCUAAGACUUUGAUCGUCAAAUGAUGUGAUGUCAUAUUAAUACUUUCUUUCAGGUAAAAAUUGUGUAUACGAAUUUUUUUUAGAAAGCAUGUCAUCAUGUCACAUUAAAAAGUUAUUAACAAUAUGGAUAGACUGGAUUGAUAUCAAUUUUAUCCUUGAGUAGAUAAAAAGAAUUUAAAAAAAAAACAUUUUUGUUUGUAUUUUAUAUUUGAGGAUUGGAAAUAAAUUACAAUAAAUAUUAGGUUUCCUUUGUUUAAAAAGGGGAAUAAUUAACAGACUUAAUUUUUAAAAAUAUAUUUAAAAAAUUAGCAAUUGUUUCCGAAUGUAUUCCAUAUUGAGUGCAUAUAAAUAUAAUUAUUUAACAAAUUUAUUUCUAGUUAAUAUCAUAGAAAUUUUCAUAUUGUAGAACUUUUUUUGCAGUCAAAAGUUUGUGUACUUCUACUUCUAGAUAUGUACAUUUCUACCAUAUUUAAUUAUGCAUUAUUAUUUGCUGUUGUGGUUAUAUUAUAUGAGCUGACUUAUGUUGUUUAGUUAUAAUGGGGAAAUUUGAAUAGUCUUUAAAUAGUCAAGAUUAUUAUAACCUGCCAAUGACACAGAGAAAGAUCAUUUUGAUCAAAUCGCAAUCUCAGACAACUUUGCCCUGACAAUACUGAAUAUCCAUUAUCCUUUAAAUGCUGGAAAAUAAAUAUUAAUGUAACUCAAAAGUUUUCUCCAAUUGGUUUUAAUCUAGUUUUUAUAUAUUGUUUUCCUGUUGACCAAGUUUGAUUUAGUUGAAGUGAAAAGUUAUAUGUCAAAUACCAGGACAACUACAAAAUGUGAAUAGAAAGUUAAAAAAAUAUAUAAAAAAUGCACUUUUAGUUUAAGUACGCAUGAACAAUUUUAAAACUAUUUUUUGCAUGCAUGAACAAAUACUAGUGAAGCAUAAAGAUAAAAAUCAAAUAUAUGGACUAGAUUAUGUGGAUAAUAAAUAGUUGUGUCAAUAUGACAGAGGUGAAGAAUAAUUGUAAACAUAUAUGUUAAAACAAAUGCCUGACAAAAGCAAAACCUAUUUUUUUAUUCUAUUGAAAUCUGUACCUUUUCUUUGAUGUAAAUGAAUGAGUUUAAAAUCAUAUAUGAUACUGUCUUUUAAACAAAGUGCUUUCAUUAUUAUGCAUUUAAUUUAAAUGUAUUCAAAUUAAAUACAAUUCAAUUGGUUAAUAUGCACAGAAAUUAAAAAUCAUUCAAUUAAUGUGCCUAGUCUUUAGAAAAACAACUUCUAUUUCCUAAAGGAUAAUCUCUAUUCAAUUUUUGUGCCUCAAUAAUGGGGAUAUUUUAAAGUGAAUUCAAAUUUAAUAUUUAUACUGCUGGUACUAGAUGCAUAGAGCUUUCUUUAGUUCAUUAAAAAGUUCUAUAUUUAUUUCCUAAUGGUUGAGUUAAACAAUUUGAACAGGCAAUUUUGUAUACAUUGUAUUUUAAUUUAGUUGUUACUUUGUUAAAUGUCAAGGGUAACUUCAAAAUGAAAACAAAACAAGAACCCAUAUCACAAUAAAUGAGUUAACUAAAUACAAUUUUUAAUGAAACUCAUGAACAAUAAGGCUGGAGAGUUGGCUGUACUGUAAAUGUCUUUCUUCAGUAAUUAUUUUUUAGGCACUCCCUUAUACUUAGCAUUUGAUUUUCCAAGUAACUCAAAAUGCAGAAAAAUAAUUAUUACAUAGGUGUGAAUCAUGAAGGGGUUCUGAGAUAAGCUCAUCUCUUUAAAAAGUUUCUCAGUUUUUAAAAACAAAGAUUUGAGCUGAACUUGAGUCUUCAUCCAUUUGUCCCUCAGCUCCCCUAAUGACAAGCUUUACUAACUUACAACAGCAUGAGAUAUCUACUAAUGUCAAGAACCGAACAAAUUGUUCAAAUUUGAUAUCUUAUGUGUCAUUCCUCUUGAACUAGGAGUAUUUACUCUUUACCUUACCAUGUAUAUUUGUGUACCGUAAACCAAAAUUGAUUCUCAUUAGUGUUUGCCAUCUCCAAGCGUUCAUCACCAAGGUAAUGUCUUAUGUGCUUAUCUUAAUUAGAUCAUUUUAUUACUUCUAUUUGAUUUUAUGCUAUUCCUUACCUUUGAUUUUAAAUGAUAACUUUCUGCAUUUAUUAGCUAAUAAGUACUUACUACAACAGGGCCAUUACUUUUCCUACAAAAUUUCAAGACCAGUUAUUUUAUUUUUUUUUAUAAAAACUGUUAACACAACCAAGACUAUUUUUAUAUAUUUUUAAACCAUUUUUAAGGCAAAAGGUGCUCUUUGUAAUAAUAGUCUGUGUUUAAAAAUAGAAUGAAGACACAUCCAUUUGUGUUAAUGAAGUGGGUCUGAAAUGAAAGGAGGGAAGAGUGAGGGGAUAUAUAAAAUAUGCCGGUUAUCCCAAAAUAAAUUAGAAAUUGCAUUUUCACUGUUUGAUACUUCUUAACCUUUUCUCCUAUUAUUUUUAUAUAUAAUAACAUUGUUAUUUCUUUUGUGUAGAGAUUUAAAGAAAUGUCACAUGGUGAAAUCAAAAGAAAUAUUAUGGUGCUAGUCAAGCGUACAUUUUAAUUUCAAUUUCAGUUGCUGAAAUAUUUGUUCUUGAAAAAUUUUAAACCAUUAAUUAUGGACGCUCAUUAUUUUUUUGUAUGUCUUGGUAGCGUAUUAAAAAGUCACUUUACUUUACAAAUGUAGCACUUCUGAUGUGGCAUAUCUUUUAUAUUUAUUUUUCUUACUUUUUUUUAUACAAGAAUUAGGAGCACUGAAGGCAUUUUUGAGGUAUUACUUAAGUAAUUUUUGCAAGGGUUUGUGAGAGGGGAAAACAAAUCAGGAAUAAAGAUGUGAUACAUAGUCAGC